AUGUGUGAACGCUUUAUCGAUGGUUUGAGCUAUGAGCUGCAGAGAGCGGUGCAACCGCUUGGGCUGAAUCGUUAUCAAGUGCUGGUGGAAAAGACUAAGGUAGUUGAGGCGAUUUACAAUCAAAGGAACAAGUACCAGGGUCAGAACAAGUCGAAUCAAGGAAGUGGAGGUCCAGCUAGGACUGAUCAAGGCAGAAAUGACAAGGGCAAGAACUACCAAAAGAAGUCGUACCAACGUCCUCAAGGAAAGGGAACAACUUUUGGGUCCUCUCGACCCUCUGGGGGAAAUGGUAAUACUCCUGCAAUCGAUCGCGAGAAUGUGACCUGUUUCAAGUGCAACAAGAAAGGGCAUUAUGCUAAUCAAUGUCCUGACAGACCCCCGACAUGUUGGAAUUGCAAUAAGCCAGGUCAUACUGCCAGGGAUUGCAGGGUUCCUAAAGUCGAAGCUGCUGUGAAUGCUGCUAGAGCUCAACGACCUACGACUAGGGCAAGAGUCUAUAUGAUUGAUGGAGCUGAGACUGAGGCAGCUGAUGGCUUGAUCCGCAGUGCUUGUGAGAUUGCAGACCCCGGACUCGCAGAGUUCUUGAAUACUUACUUUUCGAAGCUCUCUUUGAAAGAAGGAGCUUUGAGAUCUCUCUUGGCGACUACUGUGGUGGAUGCUAAGACAAAUGGAGUGCAAGGAGUAGAAGUCGUGCAAGACUUCGAAGAUGUUUUUCCCGAGGAUGUUCCUGGAAUACCCCAGUCAGAGACAUAG